AAAUUUUGAUUUUUGAAAUUGAAAUUGGCUCCAUUCGUAAAAUGCAAAUACCAUUGUUGCACCGCUAUACGCAGCUGAUGAUGCUGAAAAAGCAGAUCAAACACAAGGAUCGUCGUUUGAAGAAGUACAAACGAGCGGCCCGUGCACGUUGGCGGAAGGUACGCCAAAUUCGAUCCGACUUGCUGGAGCAGUUGCGCCAACUGAUAGAUACUCAGCAAAAGAAUGAUGCUAAAUUGAAACGAGUUCGGGCUAGACACUCGUCUAAUGGCAUUUUAAUAGUAUACAAAAGAUGGCUAAGAAGAUGGACCAAAUCGCUUAAAAUGCAACGUCAACAAUUGGAGAAACAGCAGAAACAAGAGGAGCAAUGGGAUCGUAGGUUGAGUCAACUUAAAACCAAAUUGGGCCAACAACCCAAUCACAAAAAGUUAGUGGAUAAAUGUUUUACCAAAUUGAGAAUAGCUUUGAAAGGUUGGCUCGAUUCGCCGGAUAGGGAUACAUCAAUUGAGGGCACAGUUCACACCUGGGAAAAGGAAGUGGAGGCCAUUAGAAAAUACCUAAUGGAUUUGGAGGGGCUAAAGCCAAGCACACGAAAACGUGUCAAGAAAGGAGGAGGAGAACCAGGAAUUAAUGGGUUUUCUUUAUUCUGGGAUAUGGAAGUGCAGGGGAAAAAAUCUAAAUGGUUACCCUUGACGGUAACACCAAGACAAUCGGGCUUAGAUGAUCACAAAUUGUUAGAUCAACCCAAAAGCAAACCUACAAAACGAUCCCAAAAACAAUCACCCAGAACCGAAAUGAAGACAGAUCUAAAAAAAGGUAAAAUGAAAACACCGAAAUAUAAGAAAAUACCUAAACCUCUAGAAAGGGCUCCGAGUCUUGAAGAUAUAGAAAAUUUAUUCAAGUUACUAAUUGAUGAUGGAAUGAUCGAAGUAGUUAAGCCCGAUGGAAUCAAGAAAAAGAAAAAGUUAAAAAAAAGAAAAACAAAACCAAUUGGAAAACGACGUAAAUUACGUGAAUUUUUGAAUAUUAUGAAUUUCGAUCAGCCGAUAGAAGAUCAUGAGGCUAUAAUAAAAAAAUUUCUAAAACCAAAAAAAAAUAAAGGCUCAAAGAUCAAAUCAAUUAUUAGGAGCGAAGCUUUAGAUGAAAAAAAAAGCCUUGGUCUACUUGGUUCCAAGAAGAAAGAAAUUAGUUUCUCAGGUUCACGUCAGUCUCGAGAAUUCGCCAUGACUAGAGAGUCUGAUCCAUACGAAUCAAGUAAAGAGCAAAGUCAACCAAGCGUGGAAAAUCCAUUUAAUGUGCAAUCAAUAAUAAAACCUGCACAAAAAAUUCACCCAUCUUUUGUAGAAAAAUUUAAGCUAAAUGAGCCACCGCCUCAGAUAAGGCCAACUAUGCGAAGACCUCGAAAAAUGAGGAUAAGAAAAUUACCAGAGCAAAUCAAAGAUGAUUUGGAAAGGGUACAAUUAUCUGAGAGUGUGGGAAAUGUUGGUUUCAAUGCAAAGCAAACCAAGCAUCUAGAAUCCAAUACAAGAUUAGCCAAAACUAAAGGUUCAAGUCAAGGAAAAACGACAGAAGAUGGUCCACUCUUAGCCAAGGGCAAAAAAAGUAAAGGCAGGCAUCCAAGUUCUUUGAAACCACCAACCCCAAAGGAUUUUGAGAGCAAAUUUAAUACAUUGGAAAUGCCAUCAAGUGAAGAAUCCUUCAAGAAAAGAUCGAAAAAAAGCACAUCAAGCUUGGGCAAUGAAAAAGAACGAGAAAAAGAUAAAACCUCGAGCCAAACAUCCGUGUCUACCCUACUCAGUUGGGAGCAUUCACUUGAAAGUCAAGCCAUGGGCGAUGGUCCACGGAGCAGAGAUAGAUUUCCAAAAUUGCCAGGAAGAAAGCAUGAAAAGGUGAAGAUCGGAACAGCCAAUAAAGAUAAACACUCACAUCGAAUUGCAUUGGAUAGUCAUUCGGCGCACUCUUUUCAAACAAUUACAAGUGGGACAAGCAAAGUAACCUUCAGUUUAGACGAAAUGAAAAGCCAGGAGAAAUAUAAGCCCAUACAAAACUUACUUAAAAACACCAUCGAGCAGAAUAGUCUACUAAAAGCAGUGCCUGAUAGUCGAGCCCUGAUGAGAGUGGUGGAGAAACAUCAUAUGUGGAAGAAUCUAAAUGGUUUGCACGAUGAAAUGGAAUCAGCUGGCUUCUCUGUGGAUGAUAUGUUGUCUAUUCUAAAAGAUAAAUAUAUGCAAUAUCUGAAUCAAAUUGUAUCCGAUGUGGUUCCUCAAGGAGAUGUUGUGACUAUUCGUGAACAGGAAGUGGUUCGUUUGAGGCGCAAGAUCACACGCAAGGCCAAAUUUGAAGCUGGAGUUCAAUAUCGGGAGCUAAAACCUCACAUAAGACCCUGGGGAAGGGCACCCGUCGCCGACGAUACUUUCACUGUUAGUGGGCGACCUCGAGAUACGUCGAUUAGCAGUAUUCCAAAACUGAAAAGUCCCAGAAUUAGUUCAUUCUUAAAACAAGUAGCCAAUGAGACCGAGGAGGAGAAGACUCAUAUCUUUGAUGAAAUUGUCUCACAGAAUAUUGCAGCCAAAGUCGAGGAUUUGGCUCAAUUAGAUGUCUAUGUGGAUGAGACAGAGCAGCCUGUGGAGUCCUUCGGUGAAGAGGGUGAAACAGAUACCGAAAUGGCUUUACAGUUAAGCCAAAGUCAAGUAGAACAUGAGGAGCGAAUCCGAAAACUAUUGUCAACCAAUCAUUUUGAUUCGGAAUCAAUUUGUAGCCUUCUCUCAAUCAGAAGAGAAAGUGUCGUCUCGGCGAAAGGUUUCCAACCAGUAGGUCUAUUUAAUGUCGAUAAACGUUAUUCCCCAACAAAUUUACGUGAAGUUCUAGCAAAAUAUACGCAAUUUUUUCAGUCUCGCAGCAAGAGCCCCUUCCUCAAGGAAUUGGAGAACAGGAGAAGGCUUCAAAGGCAACAGCUCAAGAUGGCGGCGUCCAAGGUUGGUUUCAAGGUCAGGAAAACUAAGCUCACCUGGCGACGUCACCUACGGAAACCUCUGAACUUGAGAUCCACCCAAAAUUUAUAUUAUGCUCCGCGUAAAACUUGUCGUGUAGCUCUCACAUCCGAUGAGGAUUGUUCAGAGUGUGGUGAAAUAUUGGAACAAGAUCAAAAGCCCUGCACUUGGGAAAAGUGUCCACGCUGCGGUGUCGAGGUGGCCAUUCCUGAGAAUCUUUCUGCUGGUUCUAUAGAAGCCUGUGCAAAGAGUAAUUUAAUUCGCUCUGUUACCAAAGACAUUUGCCUGCGCUGUGGCUAUAUUCAUAAAAAAAGUUCACUAUGUCCACAUUUGGCAUGCCUAGCCAAACCAAAUCUUUUGUCCCAGCUGCAACGCAUUAAAGCUGCAGCGAAAGAUUAUCCCGAAACGAAGCCCCGGCCUCCAAAAGAAGUACCCAAGUUUUGUUCUCCCUGUGACAAAUGGAGGGAUAUCUGGAGAAACUCAUCAUUUGCUCCCAAUGCCGCAUCAGUAUCAUCAACUGGACGAUGAUCAUGAUCAGCAGCAAUUUGGCAGCAUUUGAUGAGCCUCUAAAACCAAGAGCUCAAACCGAAGCUGAAAUGAAACUUCUCCAAUGAGAAACAUUUUGUUUAAGUGCAAAAUAAAUUUUAGUAAUGA